ACUUGACGUUCAAAUUUGGCCCGGUCGGUUUUGCGCCAAAAUAAUGUCAUACAUACGCAUUCUAGGAUUUAUUAACUCCUAAUAAUUUAAAAUAAAGCUUGAGUUACUAAAUACAAACACGCGACAUUAGAUACCAACAAUGUCUAAACGCAACAGCGUUGGACCUUCAAAUACCCUAUUUAACUAUUUUACUAAAACACCGCCCGCUAACAAGAAGCCGAAACCCGCAGAAAAUGGAGACAGAAGUCCAGACCUCGACGCAUUAAAAAAAGAAAUAGAAGUGAAAAUUGAGAGUAAGAAACGUGAGAGGCAAGUCACACCCUCCCCAGAAGUGAAGCAGGAACACUAUGAUGAUGACGAACCUAUCGCUCCUAAGAAACGGAAGAGGAUAAGACUGAAUCCUUUGGAUUCCGAUGAUUCUGAUAUGGAAAAUAAAGUAGAUAACAUAAUUGAGACCCCAAAAGAGACAGCAGUAGGGAAGAAACUGAAUGAUAGUUUUAAGUAUGAGGCCAACCAGACACCAAAGGCCACCAGCAAGAGCUCAAAAAAACCAGCUGCAACAAAUGGGCCAGCCAUGCCAGCAAAGACUGGGGCAGCAGACGAGUUGCCAGUCAGUGAUGAUGGCAACUGGGUGCACUGCAAACUGGACUGGCUCCGGCCCGACAAGAUUCGCGACGCCAACAAGAGGAAGCCAGAUCAUCCGGACUAUGAUCCUUCCACUCUCUUUGUGCCAACAGAGUUCAUGAAUAAUCAGACUCCUGCUCAUCGUCAAUGGUGGCAGAUGAAGUCAUCACAUUACGACUGCGUUCUCUUCUUCAAAGUUGGCAAGUUCUACGAAUUGUACCACAUGGACGCCGCGGUCGGGGUCAACGAACUCGGAUUCUCUUACAUGAAGGGUGAUUUUGCUCACUCCGGUUUCCCGGAGAGCGCGUACGCUCGAAUGGCCAAUACGCUGGUGUCCAAAGGGUACAAAGUAGCUCGAGUUGAGCAAACGGAGACGCCUGAUAUGAUGCAGGAUAGAUGCAAGAAACUGGGUCAAACGUCAAAGUUCGACAAGGUAGUGCGUCGUGAAAUAUGCCAAGUAACGCUACGUGGCGCGCACGCGGCCGGCCUGCAGGACCCGGGCCCGGCCGAGCCCGGCGCGGACUACAUGCUGUGUGUAGCUGAGGAGGAAAGCAAUGGCAUUAGCACAUAUGGCGUGUGCUUCGUCGACGCUUCAAUAGGGUUGUUCCAUCUUGGACAAUUCAAAGAUGACAAGCAUUCCUCAAGACUCCUCACUACUCUAGCGCAUUUCCCGCCAGCACUAAUCGUAUACGACCGUAGAUCCACCACAGCGCGUACAUCUAAGUUGCUCGGCACACAUUGCCACCGCGCACGACGCGAACCUCAAACAUUAUGGCCACCGGAGAAGACGCUUAAAACGCUCGCAGAAAAGUACUACAAGACCAACGCGGAUGGGGAUUGGCCGGAGGGAUUAAAGCCAUUCUUACAUGAAGGUGACGCUUUGGGCUUAACUCCCGCCCCAAACUGCUACCUGGCCAUUAAAGCCUUAGGCGGCUGCGUCUCCUACCUCUCCCAAUGCCUCCUCGACAUACAAGUACUCGGCAUGUCGCAGUUCGAGUCCUUCGCGCCGCCCGAUGUUCUAAACAAGACCUUAUCGCAAGAGCUUAAGGUCGAGAAUAAGUGGGAAGGCGGCAGCACCAUGGUGUUGGAUGCUAUUACGUUGAGGAAUUUGAGGAUAGUACAAGAUGAGGGGUGUUUGUAUGACAAGUUGAACUUUUGUGCCACUGCCAUGGGUAAAAGACUAUUAUACCAGUGGGUAUGUGCGCCAAGCUGCAAUUUGGCAGUUAUAAAGGAACGCCAGGAAGCCGUCAAGGAGUUAUUCGAGAACCAAGAGCUGAGUCAAGAUGCGAAGAACAUUCUCACUACACUGCCGGAUUUGGAACGGCUUCUGGCGAAAGUGCACACCCUCGGCAACCUGAAGCGCUCGACAUCACACCCCGACUCACGCGCCAUCUUCUACGAAGAGAGGACCUACUCUAAACGCAAAGUCCUUGACUUUAUCGCCGUGCUCAAUGGAUUCCAGUCGGCGUUGAAACUUGUUGAGUUAUUUGAUGACGCAGAAAGCGGAAUGUUGAAGAAAUUAACGAAAUUUAAUCCGCAUGGAAAGUUUCCGGAUUACAGAGAUACGUUGAAGUUUUUCAAGGAAGGAUUCAACCAAUCCGAGGCCGAGAAAGAAGGUCGCAUCCUGCCCGGCGCGGGCGUUGAUCCGGAGUAUGACAGCACUCUGCAACUUAUUGACGAUAUACAGAAGGAGCUCAACGAGUAUCUGGCUGAGCAGGAGAAGUACUUCAAGUGUCGGUUGAAGUACGUGGGAACCGACAAGAAGCGUUAUCAGAUAGAGGUACCAGAAAGCGCUACGAAAAGAGCAACCUCGGACUACCACAUGGAAGGCGCGCGUAAAGGGUUCAAGCGGUUCUCUACCAGUGAAACUAAGGACCUCUUAGCCCGUAUGACGGCGGCCGAGGAGCAAAAGCGCGACGUCCUAAAAGACCUGAGUCGUCGAAUGUUCGAGAAGUUCUCCAGCAACCACGCGUAUUGGGACGCCGCCGUGCAGUGCGUCGCGGUGCUGGACAUACUUCUGGCUUUAGCAGAGUUUGCGAGGCAGCAGAGCGGGGAAGUUUGUCUGCCGAGUGUUACUUUCGACCCGGAGCAAAAGCCCUUCAUAAACAUAGUAGACGGGCGGCACCCGUGCAUACCCGUGGCGGAGUUCAUCCCCAACGACACGAAUCUAGGCGGAGAAGCCGCGCUGCUGCUGCUGACGGGGCCCAACAUGGGCGGCAAGUCCACACUCAUGCGGCAGUUGGGACUACUCACUGUUUUGGCGCAUUUGGGUUCAUACGUGCCAGCGUCAGAAUGUAGUCUAAGUCUAGUGGACCGCGUGUUCACACGGCUCGGCGCGGCCGACGAUAUCUUAUCGGGACAGUCCACGUUCCUUGUGGAAAUGAAUGAGACAGCGGCUAUAGUUAAGCACGCCACCGUGCAUUCUUUGGUGCUGUUGGAUGAACUUGGGCGCGGCACGUCGACGUACGACGGGACGGCGAUCGCGUCGGCGGUGUGCGUGGAGCUGGCCGGGCGCGGCUGCCGCGUGCUGUUCUCCACGCACUACCACUCGCUCGUACACCAUCUGGCGUCGCAUCCGGGAGUUGUGUUGGGACAUAUGGCGUGCAUGGUGGAAACCGACGAGUCCACAGCGGACAGCGACGAGCACAUCCCCGAGGAGAGCAUCACGUUCCUGUACAAGCUGUCGGGCGGCGCGUGCCCCAAGUCGUACGGCUUCAACGCCGCGCGCCUCGCCGGCGUGCCCGCCGCCGUCACGCGCCGGGCGCACCACCGGGCGAGGCAGCUCGAGAGGGAGGCCGCGUGCGUGCGCGCCUUCAGGGAUAUUGUGAAGUCGGAUGAUGGGAAACAGAUUAGGGAGCUGCUGGCGGCUUUGAGCAUUUAAUAAUGUCGUACUUUUGAUAAAAUUGUUUACUAUUUUUUUUGGCGAUGUUGAAGAAUUUGAAUCGAGUUAUUGGUAGUUUUAGGCGGUCGAAUAUAAAUGGUCUUUGAUACUAUUGCUAUUACAAUAGUUUAAGAUCUUUAACGUUGCAGACAUCACACGCAGAGCUCAACAGAUAGGAUUAUAAUGAUGUUUUAGUUGGGAUAAAAUUUUAUAGUUUAAAUAGUUUUGGAAAAUAAACUGAAUAUCGAGUAGUUAGCAGUUUUAAGCGCUCGAAUAUAAAUUCCUGUUUUAUAUUAAUACUUUUUUAAGUUUGAUGAGGUCAAUUAGGACAUCACAAGCAGAAAGUAUUGAAGAAUCUUGAGAAAGAAGCGACGUGUUUAGGUACAUGCUUUUAGGGAUACCGUUAAAAUUGAUGAUGGGAUACAGAGUAGACAGCAGUUAACGGCUUUGAGCAUUUAAAUGGUAGCUUACUUUUCUACUCAAAAAAAGGAACAGGAAUAUUAUUAAGAUAAUAAACAGAUGAGAGAGCUGGCAGCUUUCUAGCUUUAACAGUAUUCAUAAAUUAAUAUCUAAAUACCAUUUUUAAUCAUCUGUAUGCGUAAAGAUAAACACAAUCUUAUUGAAAGCGUUAUAAUUCAGAAUUGCUUUUGUAAUAAAAGACAAUACGGGUAUAAUUUGAGUGAUCUACUUAGCAAUGUUUAGCCGCCAGGAGUAUUUUAUUAGGAUUGGGUUUCCAAAGUUGACCCCGGGUUACUUUAGGUUGCGUCCAGGAGAGCGCUAAAGUGCAAGGUGAACUCUAUUGUAAUGAAUUGAAGUGCAUUUUAAUCUGUACACAUUGUCGUGUGUAACGGUAGCGGUCGGUGGCGGUCAAGAGAUUAAUGUGUGAAAAAUACAGUAUUCUAAAUUCAUGUACAUGUUGUGUAAACCAACAGCAAUACUUUUGGACCAUGGAUGGACUUUAUGACUUGGUAAUAAGGUUUAUAAUUACGACUUUUGAGUUUGUGGGCGAUGAUAUGCUGUUUUUGUAUUGGAACUGCCACCACUGUUUUAUUUUAGGCAUGAAAAUUCCCUCCGAAAUAUUAGGGUGGUAUUCCACCUGUCCUAUUUCUUGGUCCAACGUGCAUUGCGUCUCACUCUCUCAUUAAGCAAAACGUGAGAUGCAAAUACACAUUGGACCAAGAAAUUGGCAAGACCAAGAGAUUGGUGGAAUACCACCCUUAGCAUUGGCAUUAUGAUUUUUGUAGUUGUUUGAUUGAAUAGAUUACUGGUUAUUGUAUUCUCUAAGAUUUCCUAGCCUGUUGGAGUAGAAUCUUUUUCAGUUGAUCUGAUAAUUUUUGUUUCAAAUGAAUGAUAUUCCGAAUUAUACAUAUAUGAAUAAUAUUCAGAAUGAUAUUGAAUUGCAUAUGAUAUUCAGAAUUAGAUCGUAGUCAGUUGAUAGGAGUUUGAGUUUUUUAACAAGUUUACUGCGGUAUGAGGUCGAAAGACCCUAUCCCAUGCAGUGCAAACAGCAACACUUUAACUGUCCAUCGGUGGACUUUAUGCCUUUUUUAAUAAGGUCCACCAAUGGACAGUUAGCAAUGUGGGCGAUAGCAUCCCAUCUCAAGUAUGCUUACUUCUGUAAAGUAAUGUAUGUUUAGUUCCUUCAUACCAUUCAUUCUUUUUUGCCAUUAUAUAAAAGAGAAGAAGUCGAACUCUGAUUAUCUAAGUAACGUGGUUUAAGUUUAAGAUUUAAAUCUUGAUACGGUAAUGUCAUUUUAUCGUAUUUAAUUGUGAUAACACUGUAAGUCUAUGCCAUGUCAUUAUGAUUCGGUACACGGCGGGAAGAAGUUGAUAACUAGAGAUAUAAAAUUGAGGAAAUUUGAACUUAAAAUAGAACUACAUAAUGUUCAAAUUUCUUAAUUUUUUUCUCUCGAGUUAUCAACUUCUUCCUGCCGUGUACGGAAUUUACCGUGGAAUAGAAUGAAAUAGUUACGUUGAUUGAAAAAUUGGGUUAAUUUCGUUAAUGUUAUGUUUGUCUGUAUACUUAACUAUAGUAAUAUCUGUGAUGCAUGAUUUUAAUCAAGAAACUGUUAUAAAACACCACCGAUUUAUAAAUACAUUUUUACAAAUAAA